UCAUGUGGCAACACUAAUAAUUUUCUUGAAGCGGUGUGUUUGACAGUUUUUCCAUAAAACGCGAAAAAUUCAUCUUAUAAUCGUUUAUAUUUUGCUGCUGUUUUUUAAAAAAUAUAGCAAUCAUGACGAUUGGAAAGAAUAACAAAAUGAUCCAGCACCUUAACUAUAGGGUGCGGAUCAUGCUACAAGAUUCGCGCACAUUCAUCGGCACUUUCAAAGCAUUCGACAAACACAUGAAUUUAAUACUUGGAGAUUGUGAAGAAUUUCGUAAAAUUCGUUCGAAAAACUCUAAAGUACCGGAACGUGAGGAGAAACGAGUUUUGGGUUUUGUACUGUUACGUGGAGAUAACAUUGUCUCGAUGACCGUCGAGGGACCACCACCACCAGAGGAGGGACUACCCCGUGUACCUAUGCCUGGCGCUGUUGCCGGUCCUGGUUUGGGACGUGCAGCUGGACGUGGUAUGCCAGUAAAUAUUGCUUCAGCACCAGCAGGCUUACAGGGUCCAGUGAGAGGUGUUGGUGGACCAGCGCAACAACAUAUGACACCAAUGGGUAGAGGCGUGCCGCGAAAUCCCAUGAUUGGUGCACCUUUACCAGGUAUGGUACCCGGUGUUAUGCCACCGAUGCCCGGUGGUAUGGGACGUGGAGGCCCACCGAUGCGUGGACCACCACCCGGUAUGAUGCGCGCACCACCACCAGGACGUGGCGGUUACUAAAUGUCUACAGAUGUGUAUUGAAUAAAGUAUAUGUAUUUUACCUUUCUACUUAAAUUUAAAUAAAAUGCUGGAUUAUGUGAAAA